AUGCUUCAAGCGCAGGGCCAACACGUCUUCUCUCAUCAGCAUCAAUACCCCCAGGCUGACCCCUCGUGGCUGCACCAACAGCAACAGCAGCACCACCAGGCCCAGCCACACCCUCACCAGUCGCAGCACGCCUCCCUGGUCGCCCAGCAGCAUGCUCAGGCUCAGGCAGCUGCCGCUGCCGCUCAGCAACAACACUACGGUCGCCUGGCUAUGACUGGCAAUGGUGCUGGGAAUCCUGCGCAGGGUGCCGGUGCCGGCGCCAUGGGUGGUGAGGGUCUGUCGAACGUCUCGGUCAUGGAUGGGGGAAUCAGCGAGGAGAAUCGCAAGGUUUUCAUCUGGGUCGCAGAGCUGCUGGACCCGGCUCGUCGGGAGGCAGCCCUCAUGGAACUCAGCAAGAAGCGCGAACAAGUCCCGGAACUGGCUCUGGUGAUCUGGCACUCCUUCGGUGUCAUGACGGCCCUUCUUCAAGAAAUUAUCUCGGUCUACCCGCUCUUGAACCCGUCCCAGCUGACUGCUGCUGCAUCGAAUCGGGUCUGUAAUGCGCUGGCGCUCUUGCAGUGUGUCGCAUCCCACAAUGAGACCCGUACCCUUUUCCUGAACGCUCACAUCCCUCUGUUUCUCUAUCCUUUCCUCAACACAACCUCCAAGUCUCGACCCUUUGAAUACCUUCGUCUUACAUCGCUGGGUGUCAUCGGAGCGCUGGUGAAGAACGAUUCGUCGGAUGUGAUCAACUUCCUCCUCACCACCGAAAUAAUCCCACUCUGCCUCCGCAUCAUGGAGACUGGGUCCGAAUUGAGCAAGACUGUCGCCAUUUUCAUUGUCCAGAAGAUUCUCCUCGAUGACAUUGGUCUGGCGUACAUCUGUGCGACCUACGAAAGGUUCUAUGCUGUGGGUACUGUUCUCAGCAACAUGGUUACCCAGUUGGUGGAGCAACAGACCGUCCGUCUCCUCAAGCACGUUGUGCGCUGCUUCCUUCGUCUCAGUGACAACAGCCGGGCCCGAGAGGCUCUGCGACAGUGCCUUCCCGAACCCCUUCGCGACGCCACUUUCUCCUCCGUCCUCCGCGACGAUGCCGCUACGAAACGCUGCCUCGCACAGUUGCUCAUCAACUUGUCCGACAACGUCUCGGACGGGGCCCCGGCGGCCAUGUAA